AUGCCCUCGCUUCUCGGCGCGGCUGAUUCCUUCAACUCGUCCUCGGCGACCAUCCGCCCCGACAACGAACAGCGGCAACGGCGCACGCAACCGGGCACCAACCAACUUGGACCAACAGACAGCAUCGGGCGUUCCUUUGAGUCUCUCAUCGAAGGACGUGCUGGCGUACUCCAACAAGACACUCGUUUCGAGCAGUACCUCCAGCCCAUCGACACCGACUCGCCCGGCCCAUCGUCGGCGGGACAGGGGACGUUCAACCCGCUCGACUUCCUGAACGACAGCGCUGCGGAGUAUCCGCCGCAGCAAGCUCACACGGUGCAGCCCGCCGAGUUCUUCAGGCCGAGCAGCGCCGCGAGCCACCGAUCGGCGGCCAGCGGCGCCAGCCUCAGCACCACCGACAUCGAUUCCACGGGCUACUACACGACGGACAUGAGCGACGACGGCUUUGCCCCGCAGGACCUCGCGAGCCCGUCGCCUUUGAAUGAGAUCGGCGCGUUAAACCUGAACUCGGGCGGCGCCGCACCAACGUGGGCAGCCUAUGAAGCGCCUUCCCCCAUUGUGCCAGCGACAAUCAGCCCGUCAACGGACGCUCUUGGCAGCUCAGUGCCUCGUGCAGGACCGAGUCGCAAUAUCCGUGGAGUGCAGAACAGCAAGGAUCUUGAGGAGAAGAAGCGUCUAGACAGGCUGGAACCUGACACCACAGACCGGCGCUCGAUCAAUAGACGAUCGGCGCAGAAACACCGCCUGCGGCGCAAGGAGGAGAUGGAGACGCUGCAGGCGCAGAUCCGCGAGCGCGACCUCGAAAUCCGGCAGCUGAAGGAGGAGCUUGCGGCUGUGCGCGCGCAGGCCCAGACGUACAUGGAGAUUGUCAAGGGGUUGCAAGGCAAAGGGGCGUAG